GCUGCCGGGGGGACGCUGCCGCCCCAGCCCCGCGUCCGGCCCUGCGGCUCCUCCGUACCCGCCUCGCCCCGCUGCGCACAGGUAACCGCGGAGAAGGAGGCGCGGAGCGGAUCAGAGCAGAGCAGCUUCCCCCGGCCGCGAUGCUGCGGGCCGCCCUUCCCUGCCGGGGCCGCGGGCGCUGCGAGUGCCCCGGGCGGCGCUGCCACUGACAGCGGAGCCUGCGCCGGGCCACCUCCACCGGGACGCAGUCUGCCCCUUCUUUUUGUUUAUUCUGCCGUUCUUGAGAUACCGCUAUCCUCCUUCCAGGGACUGCGGGCAGGUCCUGUCUGGCCGUAUUGGAUUCUUACCCAUCUGUCUUGAUUGCCUGUCUGAAAGUAUAUUUAUCUUUAAUAAAAGAAAAAGUCGAGCCACAAAUCCAGUUCAUAUCACGUUCCCCUUUCUGUGGAGUCCGGUUUAUUUCUUCAGUUUAAAAAGUUUACUCCCCCCCUCCAGUUUUAUUGACACUGGGGAUGAAGAAGGAUUUGCGAAUGAAAGCGCCUUGAAAUACAACAUCUUUUGGAGAGAGCUCUGCAGUCCGCCUGUUGAGUCUCGAAUUCCACCCUUUGCCCCUGCUGAAUCCACUGUUCUGCCCUUUACUCUCCGGGGUAAAAAACCAAACAACAACAACAAAAACCCGAGGGGAAAAAAAAUACCUUUGGCAGCAGGGAAGCUUUGUGUGACUGACCCAACGAGCUCCAAGUGUCCAGUUUCUGAAAAGAAGAAAACCCUUUUGUCUUCAGCAGAUCAGUAGAAUUAUUUUGGAAGCGAGGAGAGUAUCAAGUGAUCUGGCCUACUGAAGAGGAGACUGAAGCCAUCUCUGAGUGGAGAUUUUGGACUUGCGGGAGGAAGGCUGUGUGUGUCCCUCCCAUGUGGCAGAACUGCUCCUCCUUACCAAGGAAGUCAAAGUGAAGGAAAUAGGUCAAGGGCAGCUUUUACAUUCCACCCAAAAGGCACCACAGUUUGAGAUGAGGAAUUCAGAAGAGCAAGCAGCUACGACAGUUUUACAACGCCUGCUGCAGGAGCAGCUCAGAUACGGAAACCCAAAUGACAACCGUAACCUUCUUGCCUUACACCAGCAAGCCACAGGAAAUGCCCCCCCUUUCAACAGCACUGGGAGUCCAGCAUCUCAGAACGAAGGGCUGAGCUCCCAGGACCACCAGCUUGUGACUCAUGCUGCCCGUCAGGAGCCCCAGGGCCAGGAGAUACAGGUGGACAACAGCAUCAUGGAGAAGCAGCUCUCCCCGCGACUUCAGAACAGCGAGGAUCUCCCGACCUAUGAGGAAGCCAAAGUCCAGUCGCAGUAUUUCAGGGGCCAGCCGCAUGCUAGUGUCGGGGCAGCGUUUUAUGUAACAGGGGUCACCAACCAAAAGAUGAGGACUGAAGGGCGGCCCACAGUUCAGCGGGUGAGCCCAGGGAAGGUCCACCAGGAUGAAGGACUUAAGGACCUCAAGCAAGGGCACGUCCGCUCCUUGAGCGAGAGGCUGAUGCAGCUGUCCUUGGCCACCAGCGGUGUCAAGGCCCAUGCGCCUGUCACGAGCGCACCGCUCUCCCCCCUCUCUCCGCUCUCUCCUCAGCAGUCCAGCGACCCUUAUAAAAAUUCUGGCUCCAAUGAGUUCUACAAGAACUCAGUGCAGCCCCCUUCCCAGGCCAACAUGAAAGGAAUGGAGCAGCGGGGUCCUCCUCCAGAGUAUCCUUACAAAAAUGUGUCCACCCCUUCUAUGAACUGCAAACCUCAGGACUCGGGACAUUUCUAUAGUGAUCAUCGCAUGAGCCAGCAGGGAAGAUCUGAUGGGCCUAUGAUGAGGUAUCAACAUCCCCCUGAGUAUGGGUCAGUCAGGCAGAACCCCGAUGUGCAGCUGCAGUUACAACAGAGACCACCUCACCACCACAGCCCAACUUCUUCCUUGACAUCCCUGGGAUCUUUGACUUUGCUUCAGUCUCCACCACCAUCCAGACUGUCCCCUUCCCAGCAUCAGCAACCUCUGACUCCAAGCCAGGGAGAUCCUGGCAUUCUGCCACGGACCCAGCAGCCAUUCCUGUCAAACCAAGUCCAUCAGGGAGAUUUGUACCGACUAUGCCAGCCUUUCCUAGGCCCGCAGCAGCAGCAAGGCGAUUCCUAUUCAGUAAUGUCCCGGGCUCAGCAGAUACCUUCCCCAUAUCAGCAGAUGCAAGUAGAUCCUUUUGCCAUAGUUUCCAGGGCUCAGCAGAUGGUGGAAAUCCUGUCAGAAGAGAACCGGUCUCUACGACAGGAGCUGGAUGGGUGUUACGAGAAAGUAGCCCGGCUGCAGAAGCUGGAAACAGAAAUUCAGCAAGUUUCAGAGGCGUACAAAAACCUGGAGAAAUCAUCCUCUAAGCGGGAUGCCCUGGAAAAGGCCAUGAGAAACAAACUGGAAGGAGAAAUUCGUAGGCUUCAUGAUUUCAACAGGGAUCUAAGAGAACGUAUGGAGACGGCCAACAAGCAGCUUGCGGAGAAGGAAUUUGAGGGGUCUGAAGACAAUCGGAAAACCAUCUCUCAACUCUUUGCACAAAACAAGGAAACACAGCGGGAAAAAGAGAAACUGGAAAUAGAACUGGCUGCUGCACGCUCCACCAAUGAGGACCAACGAAGACACAUCGAGAUCCGAGACCAGGCCUUGAACAAUGCUCAGGCCAAGGUGGUGAAGCUGGAGGAGGAGCUCAAAAAGAAGCAGGUCUAUGUCGAGAAGGUGGAGAAGAUGCAGCAGGCCUUGGUUCAGCUGCAGGCAGCAUGUGAGAAACGGGAACAGCUGGAACAUAGGCUGCGGACCCGGCUGGAGAGAGAACUGGAAUCUCUCCGGAUGCAGCAGCGUCAGGGUACAUCUCAGACUGCCAACGUCUCAGAGUACAACGCCACAGCACUUAUGGAACUCCUGCGCGAGAAGGAAGAAAGGAUUCUUGCUCUGGAAGCUGAUAUGACCAAGUGGGAACAGAAGUACCUGGAGGAGAGUGUGAUGAGACAGUUUGCUUUGGAUGCAGCUGCAACUGUGGCUGCUCAGAGGGACACGACAGUGAUCAGCCACUCGCCUAACCCUAGCUAUGACACGUCACUGGAAGCUCGCAUUCAGAAGGAGGAGGAGGAGAUCCUGCUUGCCAACAGGAGGUGUCUCGACAUGGAGGGAAGGAUUAAGACUCUGCAUGCUCAGAUCAUUGAGAAGGAUGCCAUGAUCAAAGUCCUGCAGCAGCGCUCCCGGAAGGAGCCUGGUAAGACAGACCAGCUCUCCUCAAUGAGACCUGCCAAGUCACUGAUGUCCAUUUCGAAUGCUGGCUCGGGCUUGCUGUCCCACUCAUCAACGCUGAGCAGCACUCCCAUUCUGGAAGAGAAGAGGGAGGACAAGAGCUGGAAAGGCAGCCUAGGUGUUCUGCUGGGAACAGAAUAUCGCUCCGAAUCCAUUCCCUCCACCCCCUCUCCUGUCCUUCCUUCCACACCGUUGCUGUCAGCCCACUCGAAAACAGGCAGCAGAGACUGCAGCACCCAGACUGACCGGGGGAAUGAACAAAGCAAAGCUGCACCUUCCACUGCAGCUCCCACACCAGGACGACUCCCCAGUACCAACCUGGCCUACAGCGCAGACAAAACGGAUGGGCCACUUUUCCACUCCAGCACUCUUGAAAGAAAAGCCCCUGUUCAGACCAUGGGGCAGGACCUCCCAGAUGGAGAGAUGGUAGAAUACCUCAUCUGAAAGGCUGUACCAGGAUCUGAGCUGGGAUACAGUAGCAAGAAAUUUUUAAAAGACAUUUUUGUUGGGAAAAAAUUGUCAUACCUGAGUAAUAAAAGAACACUCAGCUGUUUGCUCUUGUAUAUUAUGUCUCAAAAGUAUGGACAGGUUAAUUUAUAAUUUGCUCUAAAUUAUAAAAAACCCGUAACACUUGUUCUUUGAAAGUUUCCCCCUUUAUUUUUUAAAUAAUGGAUCUGGUAACAUCUGGAGAAAAACCAAGAACUUAGGUGCACUACAUCUGAUACUUCAUUUCAGUAUUUUUAAAGUCUCUUAAACAGAAGUACCUGCUCUCACAGCUGUUGGUUAAAUGUCUAGCUUGAACACAGUAAGGUAAGCAUAAUGGCCUUAUAACGAUCAGAACCAGGGACUUAGUUGUGACCAUCACUUAGUGGUUUUAGCAUACAGGUGUUCUGAGAAACUUUUAUAAAUUUGAGCUGUGAUCAAGGGAGAUUUCUCUUUACACUUUCUCUUUACACUCAGUGUAAGAACUCAGAAUAGGUAUUUCACAUUCAUAGGCUGGAAAGAUUUUCAUUUUCAGUGUGGUAACAUUUUUUUUUUUUUUUAAACUUCCCAAAUUGUGUUAUUUCUUUAUUAAAAAAAAAUGACUCCGGUGAUUAAUGUCGCAUUUCACAUUUUUAGUUUCAUUGAAAGAUUUGCCACACUUUUAUACUUAAGUACUUUUUCAAUAAUUUAUACAGUGGAUAGUAAAUAAUAUAUUGCAUUCAUGUUUUACGUAAAUUAAAAAAGGAGAGUUUACAGGCUCAGUCUUGAUCUGUUAGAUCAGAUUUCUGCCAUUGUAAUGCCAUUGGCUUUAGUGGAACUCCAGAUUUACCAUAGUGCAAGUGGCAAGCCCUGUUGCUUUUCAGUGUUAGCAACUUAAUCUACCGCAUCUGUGGAGAUCUUUCUCUGUAGCAGAUUUUUCUAUAUUUCAAAUGCCCUUCUACUUUGUAUGUCUCUCCUUCUUGGAGAUACUAGAUUCUUCUUCAUAUAGCAAAGCUUCAAAGGUAGAGCUUUAAAGAGAAGCUCUGUGUAAAGUUUCAGAUGGCAAAUUCUCUCCUUCCAAAAUAUUUUUUUUCUUCAUCUAACUGGAGAGAGCAGCUUAAAGAAAGUCCCAGAGGCAUUACAGAAGAAAGUUGCACAUUUAAAUCAUCAGGUUCACUUUCAGAUUUUUGGGAACUAGCACAGAUGCAGCAAUGCUUUGAUUGCAGAUGCUAUAAUGAGAUAUUAAGACCAAUAGAAGUAAAUGAGUAUUUUUUGUUACUGUCUUUGCAUUUUAUUAAAACACUUCAAUAUUAA